GUCAGCUGACUGGAGCUUGGUUUAGCCGGCGGGUCGGCGGGGUUUUCAAAGGUCUUACUGGGUGAUUGUUAGCCUGGGGCCCAGUCGCCCCUGACCCUCCUAGGGACCCCUGCUUCUUGGGCCGGAGCUGCCCGCAGGCGAGGACCCUAGCCCGCCGCGCCGCCCUCCCGCGGCCCUCUUGAUGCGCAGAGCCGAGGCGGGAAGGAUUCUGCAGCCCCGGACCCCUCGGCGUGUUCAGCAGGGGCUGGAGGGCCUGCUGAGGGCCAGCUCGCUGCUUUCGCUGGGCUCGUGUCCCGAAAGGGAAGACGAGGGAACACGGACAUCCGGGACUCGCGGUGGGCCGCAGAGGGGUCCGGGUCGAGUCCGCGCCAUCUCUGCGGAGACCGGACGAAAAGAAGUGAUCUGGGGGAAGGUCACUCAAAGCAAAAGGAGCGGCCGGUUCCAAGACGGGGAUGGCCGCGGUGGGCGAGAGAAACACGUCCCUGCAGCUCCACGAAGGCGGAGAGUGCGAAGGGUCAGGGCGAAGGCAAAGCCUGACCGUGCGCCGCAGCGUCCCGUGUGUGCAGCCCAGACGCAGGGUGGCCUGGCCCGUGUCCUCUUCCGAAAGGCAGCGAGCUGGACGUCCCGGGGUCCGCGCGCUGUCGGGAGCGCUCCACGGCACGGCGCGUCGGCAUGCACCGUGCAACAAGCCCCUGUGGGCCGUCGGCCCCGCGCCAGGCUCAUUCCCGGUGCCGAGUGCGGAGGCGGGAAGCCCUGGCUCCUCCUGUCCUCGCACGCCCACCUCCCGUCUGGCUUCGUUUUCCUGCGGAACGCGUCACCCCUGCUCUUCGGCAGCGUUCGCUGGGGCCGGCACUGGUCUCCACCUAGUCCCACAAGCAGCGGCCGCAGCCUAGAUGCGCACCGCAGCCUGGGCAGGGUCGAGCGCCCGCGGCGACCCCUUCCAGCCUCCCUCGCUGCGGAGAGGCCCGGGAGCGCUCGCGGCUCAGAGUCCUGCCGCUGUGGAGGAGAUUCUAGACCGGGAGAAUAAGCGGAUGGCCGACAGCUUGGCGUCCAAGGUCACCAGGCUCAAAUCGCUGGCCCUGGACAUCGAUAGGGAUGCAGAAGACCAGAACCGGUACCUGGACAGCAUGGUAAGGGUCUGCAGUGUGCGUGGGCAUCGCGGUCAGCUCUGCCCCAUGCUGCCUGCUGUGCCGGCCCCUGGUGUUGCUUGUGGCACCUGCGUGGCAGUCGUGGAGGCGCUGCCCCUGUGUGACCUUGCUGGGAUUCCUCCCUCAGGACUCGGAUUUCACAAGCAUGACAGGCCUGCUCACGGGGAGCGUGAAGCGCUUUUCCACAAUGGCGAGGUCUGGGCGAGACAACCGGAAGCUUCUGUGUGGUAUGGCCGUGGGCCUCAUCGUGGCCUUCUUCAUCCUCUCCUAUCUCCUGUCAAGGGCAAGGACUUGAGCCACGAGGAGCUGACUUCUGUGGGUGCCUGGUGUCCUAGGCUCAGAGGACCCACCUACAAAAUAGUCCUUUGAAAUGAUGAUCGUGGCUUGGGAAUUUUCUUCCUGUGUGGCUGGAGUUCCCGGCUGCCUCUGACCUAGUGAGCUCAUACUGGCUGGCCCCAUGCCCGGAAGGGUCUCUCUCUCUUGCGGAAACCAGCGCCCACCCACCUGUGCUGCUGUGGGUGUGAGAGGGCAGAGUCAGGUGUGAGCAGAGCCUUUGGGAAUCCGGGACACGGCUACCUGUGGCCAGCAGCCCUUCCCUUAUCCCUUGGGGCUUUGACAUCUUGGGGCCCUGCCCCAUCCACAUCUCUGGGUAAGGCCACGUCUGUUGCCUGAGGUGCUGACACAGGAAGGGGCGUUUGGCGGUGAAGUUGGAGCACCAUCGCCUCAGCUCAGAGAUGGCAACUACUGUUGGGGGCUAGACGUGGCAGCUCAUCUGGGCUGCUGGGCAAGGGCAGGUCAGCCUCGGGGAAGGGCAGGGUGUUGUGGAUGAAGAAGUGGACUGCGACCUUGACUGGAGGCACUGGGCUCUGAUCCUUCUGGAUCUCACAGUCUUGUAUCAGUGGGCAUAAAGUCCCGUUUUCUCAGGAUUCACGGUCUGGCCAACACCAAAGAUGGAUUUGGGGAGACCAGACGUCUAGAAGCAGUUCCCUCUGGCAUCUUGGAGUCAGGCAGGGUGUGUGUUGGGGGGAGGUGCUCUAUGGGUCAAGACAGGAGGCUUCCCUACAAGGUCUCUCUCCAUAGGAUCUGCGGGUCACUUUGAGGGUCACGUGAGGCCCUUCGACAGUGAGCAUCCCUUACUGAGGGAACUCUUAGUCCCUCCACCCAGCCUCUGCAGACUGCCCUCCAUGCGUGCCUCUCCCUGGGCCCUCCCUGCCCGCUUGGCCAGCCCCAUGUUCACACAGACAGAAGCACAGGCCCACCUGGGCCAGCAGCUUCCUACCCCGUGGUGAGGUGUCGGCACCCUCGUUGUGCAUAAGCACACGUGAGAGGCGAUUGGUCAGCUGUGCGUUCUUCUGUGUCCUUGUUGCCAUCUCCUGCCUGCCUGGUCACUCCCCUGACUCCCAGAGGACUGUUGGCGCUGCCCCGCACUGCCCACUGUGCAGUCCCCUGUGUGACUCCCACACAGUGACCGCACCUCGGCUCCGGUCACCUCCCUUUCCCUGCCGCCGCUCCCUGCUCUCCCUUCUGCUCUUCCUGUCCCUUGUCCGUCCUGCAAGCCUGGCCUCUCCUCACAUGGUCACCGUAGCUUCUUCUCCAUUGUACCUGCUGGGCCACUCAGGCUCCCGGAGGAGGGGAGCCUACUUUCCUCCUGAGUGCUCUGUUCUGACUUGCCCAGGUCCCUCCGGGUGCUAGUUCUCAUGCGGGGAGGUUAGCUUACCUGCCUCCUUGUCUGGGGGGCUUUGCUGUUUCCCCUGACACCUUGACAUUCCUUCUCAGGCCCCCAUGGUCCUGCCUCCCUCCCCAGUCCUCACGCACUGCGGCUUUGAGUUAGCGAUCUCAUGUUAAGGCUUGCCACGGGGGCAUGUCCUCUGGUUGACCACCAAGCGUACUAGGCCUUUGUAGUGUCUCCAUUUGCACCCACACUCUGCGUCCCCGCCCAGGCCUGUGCUGCGGACCUCUUCCUGAUGACGUAGCUCAGCUGUGGGAGCUGUACCACGCUAUGGGUUCGAUGCGGGCUAGAUUAGAUUUUGUGUUUUGGGUAGUCUUGACGGGUGCUUUCUGCUGUCUCCCUGACACCUCAGGCUGCUGUGUUCUCUCCUAAAGCCCCAUCUGCCUCCCCACCCCCACUUCCACGGCUCUUUGUGGCCCUUCCAGCUAUUUCGGGGUCUGGGUUUUAGUUCCUUUCUGGUUUUCCUUUUCGUUUCUCAUUCUGAUUGUACUGGGAUGGAUUCCACGAUGGAUGUGUGGCAGCUCUGCCGUGGCCUGUGUGGCCUGUGCGGCCUUCCGCCCUCCUGCCCCUUCUGCGGCGCUCGCGCUACUGCUGUGCAGUCUGCUGACGUUGGUCCCUGAAGCCACUGAAAGAAAGAGGAUCUCAGGGCCCAGUCUAUGCCAAGUGAGGACCCACUGCCAGGCUCUAUCCCACAAUUCAAGGACAAGACUUUUAACCAUAGAAACUUGGAAUAAAUAGCUUCGUGAUGAA